UUCCAAGCGCUUGCGUGAGGCGGCGGCGCCAGGACUGAUUGCUCCCAGGCUGGCGGCUGGUUAACCCUCUGAAACACCGUCAUGGCGGUGCCCGCGGCAGCCAUGGGACCCUCGGCGCUGGGUCAGAGUGGCCCUGGUGCGAUGGCCCCCUGGUGCUCCGUGAGCAGUGGCCCGUCGCGCUACGUGCUCGGGAUGCAAGAGCUGUUCCGGGGCCACAGCAAGACGCGCGAGUUCCCGGCGCAUAGUGCCAAGGUGCACUCGGUGGCCUGGAGCUGCGACGGGCGUCGCUUAGCCUCCGGAUCCUUCGACAAGACGGCCAGUGUCUUCUUGCUGGAGAAGGACCGUUUGGUCAAAGAAAACAACUAUCGGGGACAUGGGGAUAGCGUGGACCAGCUGUGUUGGCAUCCCAGUAAUCCUGACCUCUUUGUCACUGCAUCUGGCGAUAAAACCAUUCGCAUCUGGGAUGUGAGGACUACAAAAUGCAUUGCCACUGUAAACACUAAAGGGGAGAACAUUAAUAUCUGCUGGAGUCCUGAUGGGCAGACCAUUGCUGUAGGCAACAAGGAUGAUGUCGUGACCUUUAUUGAUGCCAAGACACACCGUUCCAAAGCAGAAGAGCAGUUCAAGUUCGAGGUCAAUGAAAUCUCCUGGAACAAUGACAAUAAUAUGUUCUUCCUGACAAAUGGCAAUGGUUGUAUCAACAUCCUCAGCUACCCGGAACUGAAGCCUGUGCAGUCCAUCAACGCCCAUCCUUCCAAUUGCAUCUGUAUCAAAUUUGACCCCAUGGGGAAAUACUUUGCCACAGGAAGUGCAGAUGCUUUGGUUAGCCUCUGGGAUGUGGAUGAGUUAGUAUGUGUACGGUGCUUUUCCAGGCUGGAUUGGCCUGUGAGGACCCUCAGUUUUAGCCAUGACGGGAAAAUGCUGGCAUCAGCAUCGGAGGAUCAUUUUAUAGACAUAGCUGAAGUAGAGACAGUCCAGUUAUUUCAGCUCCUCAAUACCAUAUACUGCAUCAGUCUACUUCAUCUUUGGUGGUCUGGAAUGGUAAUGCCAGUCUCAUAUAGUCAGCAUGGAGACAAACUAUGGGAGGUGCAGUGUGAGUCCCCAACCUUCACUGUGGCUUGGCACCCCAAAAGGCCUCUGCUUGCAUUUGCCUGUGAUGACAAAGAUGGCAAAUAUGACAGCAGCCGAGAAGCUGGGACUGUGAAGUUGUUUGGGCUUCCUAAUGAUUCCUGAGAGGAGGACCUGACGUAAGGAGAGGAAGCCCCGCAGAGACACCAUGUAGUUUGGCCUGUUCUCCUGGACUUGAUGGAUACCCUAAAUUUUUGUAAAUUGCUAAAAAUUAUAAAAGUCUUUUGUGAAGCUGCCGGUUCCAGUUCCCUUCCCAUGUUUUAUGUUAGCUUUUCCAUUUCCACCCCCCCCCCCCCCCGUAUCAGUUGGCUAAGGAGGACUUUGCACUGUGGGACCUCCUGUCUUCCCUGAUUUUAGAUAUGUGGCAGACUUUGUUGAGCUUGAUGCCUAGUUUGGAGAGAGGGUGGGAUGGGGAUGGAGGCUUUUUAAUGAUUAAGAAAGAAAUAUAUAUAUGUAUAGUUUUGUGAAUUGAGCAUUUAACAAAACUGACUUUUUAUUAUGGGGUUUUGGGACUUUUAUAGAUAUGUAUUAUUGUUAAAGGGAGAUAUUGCUGUUUGUAUUUUCUUUUAUAAUCUGAGAAAUAGAGUUUAAAUGGUAUAGUUCUGUUUAAUGACCUAACCAAAGAACCUGAAAUAAAGGAACAAAGCAUUUAGUGCAUGGGCUACAGCAA